AUGGAUUGUCCUUUUAGUGAUAGAUGGUUCGAGGACGCGUGCCGAAGAGAAGAGUUACUCAGGCUCCACCAACUUCGAAAGCAAAACAGUGACGUUGAUGACACAUUCUUUCCAUACGGAUUGAUUUUCGCAGGCCUACCCCCUUCGGCGGUGCAUUCUAUAGUAUAUAAACAAUAUACUGUAGGCUCAGACGUGGAACGAACAGUCACAUACGUAUCUGCUGCUCUUGACUUUAUAGAUAGGACGACCCGUAAACUGCAAACCGACGCAUGGCUCUUUCAUGUGGAAAAAGAUUUGAAGCAAGUAUCCUGGAGUCAUAAAGCAUUUGUUGCCUACGAAUACAAUCAUCGAAUGGCAGAGCAGAGAAUCGGCAAAAUCCUUAUGCUUGCAAAACUUGAGCAGUCAAAGGUAGACGCCGACAGUAUCCCUUGGAGAUAUACGUGUCCGGACGGCACGAAGUUAUCUGGGCAGCUCAGAUCUCUUCCGCAUGGCUAUGAACAACAUAUCGAUCUUCUUUUGAAAUACAAUUUUCUCAUUGUUCAAAAUUAUCCGGAUGGUUCGUAUUCGGAUAUCAGCGCAUCUGGUGUAAAGAACUUUAUACACGCGGUGGCCAAUGCAUCUAUUGGUUCGCCUAUAAAUCACAUUGCAAAUCCACCAAAGUUUUUUUAUUCUCUGCCAGAGAUGCAAUAUGAAUCUCUUUCCCAGAAGCGAGCGGUAAUUUUAGCGCCAGAAAAAAUCUUGAGUGGGAACUUGUCUGCUCAACGAACUGAAAUCACACAGGAGGAGUUCACACAUUGUGCUAUCAAAUUGCCUCCGUCUCAGCCAAUUGGCGGCGAUCCGAAAAUCAAAGAGAAGCCCCCAUAUUUCGCAAUUCAAGUAUCUUCGUCUGCGGGAUUUGGUAGGGUAUUGGAUUUUAUGAAGAAUUAG